CGGAUAGUUAGGUUAUGUUUUCAAUAUGUCAUUCAGGUUGUAAUUUUAAAAGUUCUGAUUAUAUGAAUUUUUUGUUAAAAUGAGUUCUAUUGAAAGAGAUCCCAACAAGCGAAAGGUGAAACCUGUAGAUCCAGUUGACCAGCAGUGCGUUUUGGAUUUCGACGAAGAAAGUUCCGAUGACAGCGAUUUUCGAAUAGAGGAUCACCCAGAAGUGAGCGAUGACGAUGACGACGAGGAUUCCCUGGACAGCCAGGGCGAAAAGAACGACGGAGAUAGUGAUGACAACGAAGAUUCGUUCGAUUCCGGUGAUGAUAUGUUGAAGAAUUUGAGCCUGCCGAAAACCAACGGAAUGGGCUCAUCUAUCUCGGAUAUAAUUCAGAAAGCCAACCAUGCUAAACUUAAAUUCGAUGACAAAGACGCUCAGGUGAUGAUAUGCUGCGGUUGCCUCGGAGAUCACAGCGAUGGUAUUAACGAAAUCGUAGAAUGCGAUGGUUGCGGGGCAACGGUACACGAAGCUUGCUAUGGAGUUUCCGAUUCCAAUAGUGUAGAUAGCAUCGAUUCCUUAUCACCAACUACACCUUGGUUUUGCGAAGCUUGCCGAGCAGGAGCCGUAGAUCCAGUUUGCGAGCUAUGUCCGAAUUCAGGGGGUAUUUUUAAAGAGACAGACGUGGGCAAAUGGGUACAUCUAGUAUGCGCUUUGUACGUGCCCGGAGUAGCCUUCGGAGAGGUAGAUAAAUUGACUAGUGUUACUUUGUUCGAAAUGCCAUAUAACAAAUGGGGCUCGAAGAGUUGUUCCCUUUGCGAAGACGAUCGGUUCGCUCGAACGGGCGUUUGUAUUGGCUGCGAUGCUGGCAUGUGCAGGACGUAUUUCCAUGUUACUUGUGCUCAGAAAGAAGGUUUCCUCUCGGAGGCGCACUCGGAGGAAGUCGACCAAGCGGAUCCGUUUUACGCUCAUUGUAAAUUACAUUCCGACAAAACGUUGGUGAAAAGGAGGAAAAGGAAUUACAUGGCACUACAGUUGCGCGUUCACUAUAGAAAAUACCAGUUUUCGCAAGAAGGCCAUAAGGAUACGCCCGAGCAACAGAGGAUCAGAAGGAAAUUAGAAAAACACAAGGCCCAUUACUUAAGCCACAAAGGAAUUAAGCCACCUCCGUGGGUACCUACUCAGAAGAUGCCGAGGCUGCUUACGACGAGCGCAUCGGCGUGCAGGAAGCUGUUCCGCAAGGCCGAACUAAUGGGCAUCAAUACGAUCACUCAGGAGUUGCAGGAAUCUCAGACCGCCGCUCUCAUGGACAUUCGAAAAAAAUGGCACAUUCCCCCCGCAUUUUCCGUCGAAUUCAUCGCCUACUAUUUAGAUCGAAAUGAUCGAUUGAAGGAAAUGAAAACUAGUCUCGAGAUGUACAUGGGCGAAAACAAGAAAUUGCUGGAAGAACAGCAGGAAUUGAGAUCGAAAUACGACGAAAUUCUCAAAAAGAGUUCGGAAGUGACGUCUAAAAACAACGAUCUCAAACAGUGCAUUCACAAAUUCCAUUCGGCGAUACUCAGCGCCUGUCCCACGAAGAACCUUCCCAACAUCGAGGAUUUGGGGAAACCACCCGCCAGCAGGGCCCCCCAACCGAUGAUGGUACCCACGGCGGCGGCCUUGAAAAUGGGCGUCGGAUUUCCUUUGAAGAACAUACCGCUCGGCAGAACCGACCGAGUGCUCAGCAGCCAAGCCAACAAAGAUCCUCUGAUGCUGAACGAAUGCGGAAUAUGUCGACAACGAAGGGACCAGCACCUGCUGGCCAAAUGCGACACCUGCCAUUUGUACUACCACUUGAACUGCCUCAAUCCCCCGUUGAGCCGGCUGCCUAAGAAGUCCAAGCUGUACGGCUGGCAGUGCUCCGAGUGCGACAAGACCUCCGAUUCCGAAGUCGAGGAAAUGAAGACGCCUCGGAGGAGCCGAAGCAUCUACAGCAACAGAGAGAGCAAGUCGGAUCAGGACGUCGUCACGCCGCCCGCUUCGAACGUACAAUUACCGGUCGAUAUUACCGAGCAACCACCUGAAAACAACUCUUCAGCGAAGCAACCGUUCGCCAAUUUGAUAUCGGAAUUAUCCGAAACCAACGGGGUGCAGAUAAUCGUCGACAACGGUUACGAGGGCUCCCACAAAUCCGGCAAGAAGCGCCGAAGAGAGAAGCACCGAAAUCGAAACUCGAACUCCCCGGACGCCAACAGGGAGCACAAGAGGAAGAGGAAGAAGAAGAGUUUGGAUUUGGACGUGCUGCCGCACCCCCGUAUCACCAUCAAGAUCAAACCGAUUCCGUUGCCGGCGGGCGAGGUGGCUUCGGAAUCGAAUCCGCAGUGUUUCUACGUGCCGAACGAGGCGGACGACAACGCGCCGCCCCCGCUGCCGCCGGCGAAAUUGAAGGCGGCGAAGAUCGAGAAGCGGGAGAUGAGGAAGAGUAGGAGUCCGCGGGUGUCCGAAUCGCAGUCGGUGCCUUCUGAUAAACUGAAAAAUACUCCGGGCGUGCCGCCCAAGAAAGGGAAAGCUUCCGACGGUGCUGUUAUGUGUGAUGUUUGCCACGUGGAAGGAGCGCCGAAUAUUUUAGUCAAAUGUGAUGAAUGCCUGAAGAGCUACCAUUUUACUUGUUUGGAACCUCCACUGAAGAAGACGCCUAAAAUAAGGGGUUAUUCUUGGCAUUGCGCUGAUUGUGAUCCAACAGGUUCUGAAUAGUUGUGAAAAAGUAUUAAUAAAAAUACGUGUGCUGUAUUGGUAUUCAUAAUAAUACAUUAAGUCUACG